AUGAGUGCUGCUGAAGCUACGUCUGCUCUGGAGGCUCCGGGUUCGAGCAGCUGGUCGGUUCCUGUGGAGCAUCUGGACUACAGCUUCAUCCAGAGCUGCUCGGACCUCAAACACCUGGAGCAGAUCCUGAGAGUGCUGCGGUCCGGUCAGGACGGUUUCUACCCUCAGCUGAUCGAGUUCUGUGAGGAACACAUAGAGCAGCUGGACCCAGAGUCUCGAGUCCUGAGGAAGGAGAAUCGAGCCGCCACCGCUGCCAGCUUCUCCGCAGAGGAGUGGAGGAGCAUCUCUGAAGACCUGCAGCUGUGGGAGAGCAGCAUGAGACUGAGAGAAGCGGAGCUGAAGCAACGGCCCAUACUCCGUGAAGCUGCAAACGUGCCGCCGGUGCGGUGCUCAAACCUCAGUCAGAGAAGCGUCAGCGCUGCGGGGAGAACUGAGAAAACAUCCUGCGUCCCUCGACCCUACAGAGACUGGGACACGUUUGAUGUGGAGGCUGAGUGCGCUAACACUGAGGAGAGCGACAGAAACCCAUGUCUCGCUUGCAUCCGUCCAGCCGAGCUUGAGACCACACCGACGGUCAGCAGCACAGCCCUGAGCGCGCAGGAGAAAGAGCAGGGCAACCAGGCCUUCAGGAGCGGCGAUUAUGAGGAGGCCGUGGCGUAUUACAGCAGGAGUCUGUCUCUGGCGUCUUCAGCCGCUGUGUUUAAUAACCGCGCUCAGGCUCACAUCAGACUGCAGUGCUGGAGCGCGGCUCUGAACGACUGCGACGCGGCUCUACAGCUGGAGCCUGGAAAUGUCAAAGCUCUACUGCGGCGUGCCACUGCACACAAACAUCUGGGUCGCCUGCAGGAAUCCCAUGAUGACCUGAGAGCCGUUCUCCUGAUCGAGCCGCACAACGCCACAGCGCAGAAGCUGCUGAUGGACGAGACGGAGAGCGAUGGGCGUCAGGAGACAUGCAGCACAGGCAGGAAGAUCCUCAUUCAGGAAGAGGAGGAGGAUGAAGACACUCAGGAUGAAAGCAGAGAGGAGAAGCGGGAUGUUAGCGGGGUAGAGAGUGCAAUCAUGGGAAAUACACCGAAGACGCCCGACUGCACCAACAUGGAGACGGACGGACUGAACGAACCGACCAAUGACAGCACCAGCUGCAGAGGGGGCGGGUCAACAGCAGAACAGACACAGACUGGAGCUCCGCCCACUGGACACGCCCCCCUGAAGAACGAGGAUAACAGACGGUCUGGAGAAACUCAGACAGAGAAACACACACACACCAACACUGAACACACAGCAGCAGAGUUCAAGCUCCUGAAGGAUGAUGGGAACACUCUGGUGCGGAGCGGCCGCUAUCUGGACGCAGUGGACAGAUACACUCAAUGUCUUCAGCUGAAGCCACACGAAUGUGCUGUUUACACCAACAGAGCGCUCUGCUUCAUCAAACUUCAUUGCUUCACUGAGGCCCAGCAGGACUGUGACUCCGCCCUUCAGCUCCAGCCCACCAAUAAGAAAGCUUUCUACAGACGCGCACUGGCCAAUAAGGGCCUGAAGGAUUACACGGCGUGUUGUUCAGACCUGCAGCAGGUCUUGUGUCUAGAUGCAAGUGUGACGGAGGCGGAGCAGCUGCUGAUGGAGGUCACGCGUCUGAUGACGGACAGUAGAUGUUCAUCAGGACCUCGCAGGAGCGUCACCAUCACUGAGGUGGAUGAUGAUGAUGAUGAAGAUGAGGGCAGCAGUGCGGUCGGGCCGUCCGUCUCCCUGCGGUUGUCUAACACGUUUGAGUUCGGUCAGGCGCUGAACAGCGCUCUCUCUGGUGGUGACCUGCUGACCUGCGCUGAGCUCAUGCGCUCCGUCACUUCCGAAUGCCUGCCGCGGCUCAUCGGCACACAGCUGGACGGACACACGCUGGGCUUCAUCAUACGGGCGCUGAACACACACCUGCUGCACACACACCCCGAGCUGGUGUUCCUGCACCUGCAGCAGCUGCAGACGGCACGCAGACUCACGAUGGUGCUGAUGUUGUUGGACGGUGAGGAUCGCACACAGCUCUCACAGAUCUUCCAGAAGCUUCAUGCAGUGCAGACUCAAGCUUUCUCACAAAAUGACGUCACAAACCUGGCCAACAAAUACCUGUGAUGCUCCUUCAGCCUUCCCAUGAUUCCACACUCACACACAGCU